UCUCGCUCUCCCCCAAAACAAGCCGAAACGCGUAAUGCGGCUCGGUCUCCCUUAGCAACGGCGAACAGCGUCUCAAGAUGGCGUCCCUCUUGCCAGAAAUCCUGUUUGAGAGCAGCAACCAGGCUCCUUCCCCGAGCAAAGACUUCCACCAGAUCCUCGUGACUCGCACUGAGGUUAUUUUCAGAUGGUGGAAAAUAUCUCUCCGAAGUGAAUUUCGUAACACUAAACCUGGAGAACUUAAAGAAUCUCAUGUGGACUUUGUCGAUGAUACAACUUUACAGGCUCAAAUUGCAAUAAUCUUUGGACAGGAAACCUUGAAUUACAUCCUAAACCUGUGUCAGGGCUACUAUGAUUACCUGGAGCGCCUACCUGAUCCAUUACUAGUGUACAUCGUAAGCUUCCUGGAUCUAGAAGACAUUGCUCAGCUUGCACAGGUGUCACAUAAAUUUAAAAAGAUCUCUAAUUCAGAUAAUUUGUGGGAACACAUUGUGGAGCAAUCUUGUGACAGAGUUACACCAGAGAUGAGGGCUCUUGCGCUGGAUAUAGGAUGGAAACAACUCUUCUUCACCAACAAACUACAACUGCAAUUACAACUCCGGAGGAUGAAGAAAAGACAGGAAGAGAAUCAAGAUCUUGUGGACUAAUUUGAUCCACUAUUGCCAAAGAUGCCUAUGAAGAAAGAUAGUGUGUCCUACUACAUAUAACUUACACAAUGUAACAACCCCAUAUAGUCUUCUACUAUAAUCAUUCCCCACUACUCAAAUGCCAUUUUGUUUCUCUAAAAACUAAGGAUAUGGACUAUGUAUGCCUGAAAAUGGAACUGGAGUUUUUAAUUGACUUCCAGUUUUUAGUUUUUUAUUUUCUUUGCUGUAAUUUUAAUGUUUUUCUUAGCAUACGACAUAUACUGUUAGCCUUUUUCUGUACUGACCUGUAAUACCUAAGAUAAUGCACGUUGUGCCUUAAAGUCCAAUGACAUUAAGCUCUUGGAUAGAGAUUUAUAUAUAUGUGGGUACUAUGCUUUCUGUUUAUAAUGUAACAGAUGAUCACUUUGCCCACUAAAAAAGUCAAAAGCCAAAAUUGUAUUGUUUACCAUUGUUUAUAUUUUUAUAUUUGUUUAAUGUUACUGCUUCUCAUGGGACACAUGAUGAUGCUAUGUGUGCCAUGUCUGAACACAGCAAACAGGAUGAAUGUUGUUUCCCUGUUACGUGUUAAGUACAUUCUCUCAUCCUGUUCGCUUAUUGAGGGUGAUUGGAUUAGAAACACAAUUUGUUUUCUUAAAAUACAUUUUCUCAAUAAUUUUUAUUAAAGAUGGAAUAAAAGUUAUGUUUUAUUUGUUAACAGAUCCACAGUCUUUUCUUCUUGUUUACAAACCGUUAUGGUCACACAUUCUUUGUACUAACUGCAUAUA